AUGUCCGAUCUCAAAGUAGAGGGGUUCAAGGCGUCCGACAUCCUCGUCGCACUGAACGACGUGUUCGCGGCGUACAGCGACGAGGAGAAGAAGGCGCAGCUCAAAAAGACGAACGGCAUCUUCGAGCUGCACGUGAAGAACGACGCGGGCGCGGAGGCGACGUGGACGAUCGACCUCAAGACGCUCGGCGCGGUGCACAAGGGCGCGGGCACGGCGAAGCCGAAUGUCACCAUCAUGCUCUCGGACGAGACGUUCGAGCAGCUCGCGCUGGGCAAGCUCGACGGCCAGAAGGCGUUCAUGACCGGCAAGCUGAAAACGAAGGGCAACAUCAUGUUUGCAACCAAGCUCGACGGCGUACUGAAGGCAUCGAGAGCAAAGGCGAAGCUAUAG